GAUUCCGUUGUUUUGAACGGCAAACGCCAAGCUUCGCGCAUAGCAAGAACACCGUUCCUGGCCACAUCGUCGCCGUCGUCGUCGUAUACGUCUCUCGGGUGUCACGUCGGUGUCUACAUUCGAGGUUCAGUCGGUCUAGUCUAUUUUGUGCCGUUCCGCGUCGUGGUUAUUAUCGGUGCCCGGUGGUGUUUGUCGGUGCACUUUUUACGGGCACAACGGGAUAGCGGUCCGUCGUGUUUUUGUGUUGUGCGUGUGAUAAAAAACGGGAGAAGCUGGACUUAUACGUCUAGCUGUCAUCGGCCAGGAAAAAGUUCCCCAUGCGUAGUUGUUCCCGUCAAUUCUGUUUGGAUUAUUGAAGCUCUUGCUCGCAUAUUGUGUGAAAUUUGCAUGAUAGUAGAAAAAAGUUAUAAAUUGAAAUCAUUUCACUACUUGUAAUCAGAAAUUACGGUGUUCAGUGAGCGCUAGGUGGUGCAUCUUGAGGAAAAGGUGAUUCAUGCGUCUAACUGUCCAAGAAGAAUUCUAUAUCACGCAGUCCGUGCAAAUAAACAAGAUUUGAAUUGCAAUCCAUGCAAUGAAGUCACUGCUGAGAAAAGAGCUGCAGCUAAUACGCAAUUCUGAGAAUUGAACAAAACAGUUGGGCUGCCUAAAAUAUAUCAAUUGUCGAAAGUCCUACAUCAUUGAUUUUUUGGUGAUUCCUUUUUGACCUCGCACAGGAAAAUUAAAGAAAAGAAACGAGGUUACGGAAUAGUUACACUGUAAAAGUUUACACUCUUGUUUAGCAAGCAGGGGCUUGUGCAGUUGUUGGAGGAAAUCAUCGUCAUUCUGAUAGUAUAUUACAAUCAACAGUGGAAUAGUGUUUUGUGUUUAUCCUAGAUAAAAGUUAUCGAAAAAAAAAAUACCUGUGCGGCUUUCGCUGGUAGCUGCUACUGCGGCUGAAAACAGUUUAACGCCGGCCCCGCUGCAACUGGGCGCGGUACACCAGCCCGGUUAUUGAUGUGAAAAGAUGUCACCGGCAAGGCUGUCGCUGCGGGAGGAGGACAUUGUUCGAUUAUCGUUAGAGUUCCUCAACAAUCGCGAAUUGCACAUUUCUCAGCUCUCGUUGGAACGCGAAACGGGCGUCAUCAAUGGACAGUAUUCAGACGAUGUACUUUUCCUACGGCAGCUCAUUCUGGACGGCCAGUGGGACGAUGUGGUGGAGUUCAUUCAGCCGCUGGAGGCAUUGCAAAAUUUCGACAUGAAGCAGUUCAAGUACACCAUCCUCCGGCAUAAGUACAUUGAACUGUUAUGUAUAAAGUCGGAAGCUGGUGGACUCACUGGGCCGCCUUUGAUCAACAACGUGGAGGGCGCGGUCGAGGAGGUGGUCCAAGUACUCGGCGAACUGGAAAAACUUUGUCCCAUAAAGGAAGAAUACUCAGCGCUGUGUCUGCUGCUGACCCUGCCCAAGCUUGGCGACCACAUGCAGUACCGCGACUGGAACCCGAGCAAGGCACGUGUGCAAUGUUUUCGGGAAAUUUUCCCCCUGGUUGAAAAAUAUCUACCGGGAGAUAAGAAAGCCGGCACGGCGCAGUCGGUUUUCGCCAAAAACGACCGGCUGGUGCAACUAGUUAUUAAGGGAAUUUUGUAUGAAUCUUGCGUCAACUAUUGUCAGGUGAAGGCAACGGGAGCGGCGGAAACCGCUUCGCAGAAAAUUAACUUCUCUCGGGUGCUAGACGGAUCAAUUGGAUUCACCGAUUCGGAUCUGUCACUACUCAGCUGGCUGCAGAGCAUCCCAGCCGAAACGUUCUCGGUCCCGUUCGAGCAGAAGACACUGAACGUGGACGUGGAAAGACUGGAAAAACCUUCGCUCGAAACUUCAUGGACUGAACACAUGCUCAUUACCCCGAUCAAACCGAAAACGUUCCCCCACUCUGUGAUGCCAUUUACGCGGCCCCGCAGUGCAGCGGACAUCAUGACCCGCUCGCUGUUGCCCUCGCUGGAUGCCGUGUCGACCUGUCUCAAUCCGAAGGCAACCAACGAAUCGUUUCCCAUGUCCCGUUCAAGCUUUGCCAGUUUUCACCUGACCGGGAUCAAACCGACGAGCGGCAAAAUGAUGACCUCCAGCGUGGAUCGAUUGUUUGAGACCGGCGAUGGCGGUGAUGUCUAUCGAAGUAGUAAUUUCAGUGAAUAUCAGCAGGGACUUCCAUCAAUAGAAGAAAUCGCUUCCGUGCACUCGAAAUCGCCCGAGCUGCAGGCGGUUGCUGGGUUAGUAGUGAAAACCAGCGACAUUCACCAGAGCAGUGCCGAACGGGAUAGUCCCAACACGACCAACUCGACGGCAAAGAGUUCGCGUCGGGACUCGCUGACCGAUAAAAUCGCUACCACCAAUCAACCCGUGCCAACUGGCCUUCCCCACCACAGCCAACCGCCUCCUCCGUUACCGUCGGUAGGCCCACCCCAGGUAUCUUCCUCGUCCGGUAUCCAUUCCGGGACCAGUGCAAACAGUGCAGGCAAUCAUCACCAGCAGGGAGUGCAUCCUCAGGUAGCCCAACCAACGCCACCCACUGGCGUAAUAUAUGACCAUCCCAGAAACAACGAAAGUAUCGCAAACGGCGGAGGUGGAGAAUUGUAUGAGAAGUUCAAACAGCAGAAGCAAAACAAGGAAAGUGAUUAUAUUAUGAACGGAAAUCCAACUAUCGUGUCACCGGCGCCACCUUCAAGUCAUAGCCAGCAGAAUGGUAGCAACGGUGACGGAAUGGUGACGGGUAAUGGGCCCGCGCGGCCAACUCAUCUGCUAGAUGAGGAAAGCGGCAAAGAAUUUGAGCCAUCAGACCAAAACCGACCGAAAUUCGUCGCCGUUACAUCGCUGGAAGACGUGCAAGCGGUGCGAUGUGCCGAAUUUCACCCGAACGGACGAAUCUAUGCCGUGGGCUCGAACUCGAAGACGUUCCGAAUCUGUGAAUAUCCCCCGCUGUCGGAGAUAAGCAAACGAUGUGAAAGCGAUGCAAGCUGGGAAGACCAUACCACCUACCAGCCAACGGUGCUGUUCAAGCGUACCAAACAUCACAAAGGAUCGAUUUACUGCAUGGCGUGGUCCCCGGUGGGUGACCUGAUAGCGACCGGAUCGAACGAUAAAACUGUUAAACUGAUGCGCUUCAACGAGAACCAAAAGCAGCUGGAGGGCCAGGAAAUCGAGCUAACAAUGCACGACGGUACGGUGCGUGAUCUGUGCUUUCUGGAGGACACCUCGAACAAGUCCAGUCUGCUGAUUAGCGGCGGUGCGGGUGAUUGCAAAAUUUAUGUUACCGAUUGCGAGACUUCGACACCGUUCCAGGCACUGAGCGGACAUGGCGGACAUGUCCUGUCGCUGUACAACUGGGGUAGUGUGAUGUUCGUGUCCGGUUCGCAGGACAAAACCGUUCGCUUCUGGGACUUGCGAACACGAGGUUGUGUCAAUAUGGUUACCCCGGCAACAUCACCUGGUUCGCGACAAGGCUCUCCCGUCGCCGCCGUAUGCGUUGAUCCUUCCGGACGUCUAUUGGUUUCAGGUCACGAAGACAGUUCAUGUGUGUUGUACGACAUUCGAGGAAAUCGCCCGAUUCAGUGCUUCAAGCCCCACGCCUCUGAUGUUAGAUCAAUCCGUUUUUCACCAUCUGCGUACUACUUGCUAACGGCCGGUUACGACAACAAAUUGGUGUUGACCGAUCUGCAAGGUGACCUAACCAUGCCGUUGCCCUCGGUAGUGGUCGCCCAGCACGCGGACAAGGUGAUAUCGGGUCGCUGGCAUCCGGUAGAUUUCUCAUUUCUCUCGACAUCGGCUGAUAAGACGGCAACACUGUGGGCCUUGCCACCGAUCUAAAAAAAACAACCAGCUUCAGAACCGAAGACUGGCGGACGGCAAAAAAAUCAAGUGGCUUUCUCAUGCUUUCCCCCCAUCGAAUGUAUGUACCUAGUGCACUGCGAGAAGGGGCCAGUCAGUUUGCAUGUUUUCUCUUGCCUUUGCGUUUGCUAGGUGGCAAUAUUUGUGCGUGAUAGUAUAAGAACUGCAGAAAAAAAAACAGAAAAGAGCAAAACUUGUAAAAUAUUGAUCGUUGAUCGAUUUGCAUAUGCAUGUGUGUAUAAUAAUUAUGCUACAGAUAUUGGGCAUACAUAGGUACUACUUAACAUUUAAGCAGCGAAUACUAAUCGAUACAAAAGUGCAAAGUCAAAUCAACCAAAAUAGGUGAAAGUGGAAACGUUAACAACUGCAAUAGAUGAAAGAUCAUGGAUGGUAACAAAGUACUAAUAUAUCUUAUCGAUAUUCAACCUUCAGCUACCAGUUAUAUUACGAUUUUCGUUUGUGCAAGUAGUAAGAGCAAGAACUUUACUUUGAGUUCAUGUUAUUAGCUUAUAGUCAGGCUGACUAGACGUAAAACAGCGCAGUCACAUUUUUUCAUGUUAAAAAAUAUCAGUUCGUCCUGUUUCGUUCAAGUAUUUUGUUAAAAAAACGCCUAAGAAUAAUCCAUGACCUCGAAAUCUCCGUUUUUUGUUGAAAUUAAGUACUGUUCAUACCUGUGUGGAACAUAUUUUAGCUAGGGAAGUCGCUACAAGCCCUUAAUGGAAGCAAAAUAUUUAGACAAGCAAAAUGAAAGAUUUUUUCAAAUGUUUGGCAAAACCCACGGUAAUCUGGAAGUAACCCUGUGGAAACAGUUAGCAAAGAGCCCGACAAACAUAGACAGGUACUGUUUCUGCUAGUUGAAUCUUUUAGUGACAAAUAAUCUAACAGAAAAAAUAUCGGCUAAGCGUUGAAAAUUUAAUGGCACAUCAUCAGAAAACCCUUCCUUGUGUAAUUACUUCCCAAUCGACUUUUCCCGCCUGGCAGAUUCUUUUCAUACUGCUAGUAAAUUCGUUUUUUUAAUUUAUCGAAAUUUAAAAAUACUACUAAUUAGCUAGUAGUGAAAUUGAACACUUUUUUAUUACAUUUCAUUACCUAAUCUAUCACUGGGAAUCAACAGGUUUUGUACUGAGCAUUUUACCGAAUUUUUCUCCAUCUUGAAGCUGGCAAACGCGACAGCACAAUGACCUAUUGAUUUUCAAACAUCUAACAAAUGAAAUUUCACGGCCCAUAAUCGUAGAUCAAAUUGUUCGGAAAGCAAAGCGAAUUCCGAUAACGCUAGAGUAACAGUAACAGUGUGUUUAUCCGUAUGCUGCUAAUCUGUUCACGCUGUUGAAUUUUGUUGAUAAUACAUUAAUAUUUAGCAUAGUCGUGUAAGCGUAACUUAUGAAAAAGGACACACACUCACUAGUACGUAAUAAUGAGCGUAAAAUGGCGGUAUUUUGUAUCAUAUAUUGGAAUUAUUCAUUUCCUUUUUUUGGAGCGGGAACUGCACGCUACCAGGAAAAGUAAUCAGCGAGCGCUACUUCUGACAAGUUUUGACUGUAAUAAACAAAUAAACAACGUAAACUAUUAACAAACAAAAA